UGCACAGAUGGGGAAACCAAGACCCCGGGAAGCAGAGUGGCUGGCUCCCCACCACCACACGGGAAGAGCCCACCCCUCCCGGAGCUCUCUGCUCCUGCUGUGGACCCUCCUGAACUGCAGUGUGGGGGGCAGUGCUCAGUAGGGUCCAGGCGAGUGGACUCCAUGGGGUUCCUGGACUCGCUGUUCCAGCUCCUGUGGGCAGGGGCUCUCUGUGCGCAGCCGGCACUGCAUCUGGCUUCCCGGGGAAGAGCUUUGCUCGGGGGACUCCCAUGAGUACCGACUCUGCCAGUUGCCAGACUGUCCGCCAGGGGCCAUGCCCUUCCGAGACCUCCAAUGUGCCCUCUACAAUGGCCGCCCUGUACUGGGCACCCAGAAGACCUACCAGUGGGUGCCCUUCCAUGGUGGUGAGGAGCCUGCCCUCCUGUUGGUCUGGAAGAAACAAAUCAGAGCUGGCAGGGAGAAGUGGCUGCUACAAAGGAAGGGGACUUGAAGUGUUGCAAGGAGAAGCGAGCAUUAACACUGGGGCUUUGAACGAUAUGUAGGAGUUGGGGAAAGGCGAAAAGCAUGUGUGAGGUGUGAAGCAGGGUUUAUUCUGUACAGGGCUGAACACCAGGCCGAGGGUUUACUUGUAGUUGUAUGAAGAAGCAAACAGUUCUCAAACUUACCCCGAAAGCAGUGGUAGCAGGGAAUGUCACACUGAGCUGAAAAUAGCGAGUUAUAUAACUGUGUGCCUGGGGCAGUGCGCCUCCAGAUUUACGGGACCCCGGCAGCUUCAGACACCAUGGUGGGGCCAGACACAGAGAAGAAAAGCCUAGAACGCAGGAAGUUCCGUCCGUCAACCUCACUUUUUUUCUUUGCCCCGAGAACUGGAGGAAACUUGCCAUGGUCCCGCCCCACAGAGGCCCUCCAGUCCAGCGUGGGCUUUGUUCCAGGCAGAGCCUGCCAGCCAGGCUCAGGGAGGUGGGAGGUGGAGGGAGCUUAAGCAGGAGGAUCAGGGAUGAGGGCCACGGGCCUGUGUGCCAGGCACAGGGGGAAACUGAGUCCCAGGGAAGGCCAGCAGCACACACAGGCUACAUGGGACUCAGUCAGCCCUGGACUCUUUUUAAUGGGCCCCUGCCCUGUGGAAAACAGUAGGUGCUCAUCGAGUGUUUGUGGAAUGAAAAACGAAUGAAGAAGGGUAACUAUGUCAGCAAUGGGUAACAUGCAAGGACGCCCUAAUGUUAGGUCACAAAGUGAAUGCAUGCUUGCAGCCCAGGAUGCUUGCCAGAGUGUCCUGGGAGCUGGAGGCAGAACGCCACGGGCCAGUCCUGGCUCGGCCUCAGCCUGCAUGUGGGCUUCUGGCUGAGGCUCUGGGUCACAUCUGCCCGAGGCGGUGGUGGCUGCUGGGGGAGCCUGGCAGGGAGCGCGCUGGAACUCAGAGGCGCCCCUGCCCAACAAUUCCUCCUGCACCCAGCGCCCAACCAGUGCGACCUCAACUGCCUGGCUGAGGGGCACGCCUUCUACCACAGUUUCGGCCGCGUCCUGGACGGCACCCCCUGCAGCCGGGGUGCCCGGGAGCUCUGCGUGGCUGGCCGCUGUCUGAGCGCCGGCUGUGACGGUCUGCUGGGCUCCGACGCCCGCGAGGACCACUGCGGCCGCUGCGGCGGCACCAACGACUCGUGCCUCUUGGUGCAGCGCGUGUUCCGCGACGCUGGUGCCUUCGCUGGGUACUGGAACGUGACCCUGAUCCCCGAGGGCGCCAGACACGUCCGUGUGGCCCACCGGAGCCGCAACCACCUGGCGCUGAUGGGGUUCGACGGGCGCUACGUACUCAAUGGGAACUGGGCGGUCAGCCCACCCGGGACCUACGAGGCGGCCGGCACCCGCGUGGUCUACACCCGCGCCCCGGGGCCGGAGGAGACUCUGCGUGCGGCCGGGCCCACCUCCCAAGACCUGCUCCUGCAGGUCCUCCUGCAGGAGCCCAACCCCGGCAUCGAGUUCGAGUUCUGGCUCCCUCGGGAGCUCUACGGCCCCUUCCAGGCUCAGGCGCAGGCCCUGGGUUGGUCCCUGCGGCAGCCGCAGCCUCGGGAGGUGGAGCGGCAGCCCCCUGAGCCCCCCGCAGCCCCCGCUGCCAACCCCUCGUGGACCCCGCACUCCACCCCAGACCCCUGCCCCCCCUGCUCCGACACCCGAGGCCGCGCCCACCGGCUUCUCCACUAUUGCGGCAGCGACUUUGUGUUUCGGGCGCGGGUACUGGGCCGCCUCCGCCAGGCCCGGGAGACCCGCUACGAGGUGCGCGUGCAGCUCAUCUACAAGAAUCUCUCCCCGUUGCGGGCCCUUGAGUACGUGUGGGCACUGAGCCACUGCCCCUGCCCGCUGCUGGACCUCCAUCGCGAAUACCUGCUGGCUGCCCAGCGCCUCAUCAGCCUGGAUGGCACCCAGGACCGGCUGCUGCUGCCCCAUGCCGGCUAUGCCCGGCCCUGGACCCCCGCUGAGGACAGCCGAGUGCGCCUGGCUGCCCGGCAGUGCCCUGUCUGAGCCCCAGAUGAGACCCCUGCCACACACAGCAAGGAGAGUGCCUGACUAGGCUCAAGCUCAACAUAUGCCCCCUACAAGGGUUCCCAGGUUUCCAGGGACAUCAGAAUAAUCUUCCACCUACAGCUGUGUGACUCCCUUGUGCAUACACCUAGACACCCCUGCCACAGCCACGUCCGCUGUCACCAGCAGGCGGGCACUAGUGAGGACACACUGCAUAGACUCUUUGACUCUUAUUUCCUCUCUCACCCUGGCUGCCAGGAAACUCAUCACCGUUUAACUCCCUGAUACUCUGUGCUCCCUCUUCUCACUGCCACUUACACACACACACACUCAUGUAUUCAGAGACACUGUCACAAACACACAUGUCCCCUAGAAGACAUGCCUAGCCAGGCACUGUAAUGUACCAGGAAAUUCAGAGAGAGAAUCUUAAUAGCCUCAGCCACCCACUCUGGCUGGAUUUCUUUCAGGCAACACCGCAGUUCACCCCUUUUUUAGGCCUCUUUAAUGUUUAUGCAUACCUUUUUUAAAAAUAAGGGCACUCCAGCUACUCAGACCCCAGCACAGACACUCGGGGAUGCGCUGAUACGACCUCACAGUGUGCGCCAGUGGUCUCAGUACCCCUCCCCUUCUCCACUCAGGGUCUGGCACCGUGUGGGGCCAGAAGGGGGGAAGAAGUAGGUAAACGGAGCUUCACAGCUCCCAAGCCCCCUCGCCCUGUAGCCUUGGGGGCCACACAUUCAUCUCAGGUCAGCCAGGGGACCCCUCCCCAGUGCAGGAGGCAGGUCAGAGCUCUUGGUCUCAGCCUGAACCCAUCCCUGUGCGUUUUCCCGGAAAUAUUUUCCCGAUGGUCUCCAGGAGCCGGGAGGGCAGACCUCAGUCAUGUGAAUUGGGGGUUCCUGUGGGGUGUCACAGUUGCUCUGAAAAUCUCCCCUGAUGGCUUCCCACCCUGGAUGGGGUGGCUCAUGCUGUCAUUUGGGACAAUCUGCUCUUCCGUAAUAUACCACUUGUGUUUUUCUCUGGGGCGUGGGAAGAUGGGAAUAGGUGACGGAUGAGUGAUGUAUGGGUCUGCAUGGGCUCAGCCCUGUCUUUGCAGGUGACCUUAGGCCGGGCCUUGCCCCGCCGGGCCUCGGUUUCCCCCACUUCAAGCUCCCUUUCAGCCUCUCCCAGUCCUGAUGGUGGGAACAGCCCUCUUCUGGAUCCCCUUCCCUGCCCAUUCAUUGAGCAUUUAUUGAGCGCCUGCUGUAUACUGGAGACCCAGCAGUGCCUGGGUCAACCCAGGCCUGGCCUGUCAUCUGCAACAAAUGCUGAAGCUGAAGAAUGUGGGACCCCCACCCUCCAGGGCAAGGUGGAGGCUGGGUGCCCUCUGGUGGCAAGACUGGAAGCCAGGGAUUCCAGGCGCCCUGUGGCCUGCAGCCCCAAGGGCUCCCAUCCCCCAUUCACACAUCCCCUGUCCGCGCCUGUCACCAUCUCUCCCACCUCCCACCGUGAGGCCAAGGUUGAGCUUCACCGGCUCCGGAACCAGCUGGACUGGCCAGCCCAGCGAGGCACCUACCUGCUGGGGACAGAGGGUAGGGCAGGGUGCACCCCCUCCCCCUGCAGCAACAUUGUUACCACGAGGGUCCUGUAACAAUCUCAGGAGAUAGUACCUCGCUCCUGACGUGCUCUUCUAGCUUUGAAACAAGCCGACAAUUUGCAAAGAGAAGACAAUGCAAUUCUAAAGACGUUCUAACUCUGCGGCGCUCCUCACGGUAGAAUCAGCGUGUGGACCCGGCCAGGCAAAAACAUUCCAUUUUACAUUUAAACAUAAAUAAAAACUCCGGUGGUUACACAGAA